CAGUUCUGGAGGUUUUACAGUCACAUGGUCCGCCCUGGGGACCUGACGGGUCACAGCGACUUCCACCUUUUCAAAGAAGGGAUCAAACCCAUGUGGGAGGAUGACGCCAACAAGAACGGCGGAAAGUGGAUCAUCCGCCUCCGGAAGGGCUUAGCCUCUCGCUGCUGGGAGAACCUCAUUCUGGCCAUGCUGGGGGAACAGUUCAUGGUGGGGGAGGAAAUCUGCGGGGCGGUCGUCUCCGUCCGUUUCCAGGAGGACAUCAUCUCUAUAUGGAACAAGACGGCCAGCGACCAGGCGACCACCGCCCGGAUACGGGACACAUUACGGCGCGUGCUUAACCUGCCCCCCAACACCAUCAUGGAGUACAAAACGCACACAGACAGCAUCAAGGACAAUUCCAGCUUCCGAAACACCAAGAUCACUUUGUGAGGAGGGGAGGGGCGGCGCUCAGCUCUUCCUCCUCAACCUUGACCCAUGAGGAAAAAAAGGGGGGAGGGGGUGUCUCCACGCAGGUCUCGCGCAGCCUCUCCUCGCUGAGGAGGUUUGCACAUGUCCCUGGGGCCCUUCUCCCGUCCCGAUGGCGGCUUUUUCACCUGCAUCAAGGACUGACCUUCCGGCACCCAGACGCCUUGGCCGGCCGAGCGGGGGGCUGCACUUGGCGUUCCUCGGCCCCCUCGGGUGCCUCCUGCCUCGCUUCUGUCGGAUGCGGAGGCUUCUCCGGGCAAGGGCCUUUUACCGCCCAGGGAUUUUCAGUAUUACGAGCGUCUCUGCAUCCGGCCGCAGAGGCAGCCCGGUGAUUGGGAAACUGCUCCCCUGCCCUGUUCACCUCUGCCAAUAAAUAAUUAG